GUGGCCAUACUGUGUAAACAAAAUCUGUGACAAAUAUUUGACAUUUAUAAAAAUUGAAGGUUAAUGAUUUUUUAUAAAAUUUGAAAUUUCUCUCAAUAACAAACGGUACUAAAAUCUGAGACAAUAUUAGACUAGAACUUUUAUCUAAAACAAAGUUUCCUAUUGUUUACUUUAACGACAUUAUGUAUAACAUAACUGGGAAAUUUACGGAGAGUUUAAUGUAAAGAUUUCACAAUAUUAUCCUUGAAUGUUGUACUAAAAAUACAUUUUUCAGUCCCUGGCCUGAACGAUUUUCUAUUGUGCCUACAUAAUCAAAAAGAUGGUAGGCUGGAGUAAAUCAAAUGAAAAACUCAACCAGUUUGACUUUGCCUUUGCCGGAGGGGCUUCAGGCUUCCUUACCAGAGCCGUAUGUCAGCCUCUGGACGUUUUAAAGAUAAGAUUCCAGCUACAGGUCGAGCCUAUCUCUCAUCAUCCACAACAUGCCUCAAAAUAUAGAUCAAUAUUUCAAGCUGUGGAACUCAUAUUUAAGGAGGAGGGUAUAAAAGCUUUUUGGAAAGGUCAUAUCCCAGCACAGUGGCUGUCUAUCAGCUAUGGUGUAGCACAAUUUUGGGCCUUUGAAGUACUUAGCAGGAACGCUCAUGCUUUAAAUUAUUCUCCUAAGAUGAAACCGGUUGUUAAUUUUACUUGUGGGUCUAUUGCAGGUAGUGUAGCAACAGUGGUAUCAUUUCCGUUUGAUGUAGUACGAACAAGGUUUGUAGCCCAGAGCGAACAAAAAAAGGUGUACCAUGGCAUGGUAGCAGCUUGCAAGGAAAUAUGUGCUAAAGAAGGCCCUAUAGUACUUUUUAGAGGCCUAUGGCCCACAGUUUUACAAAUAGGCCCCCAUGCAGGUGCACAGUUUAUGUGUUACAAACUAUUCGACGAUCUAUACAGAUACAUUAUAAAAACUGAAAAUACUACGUUAUCUAGUAGUUUGUUUGCUGGUAGUUUAUCAGGUCUGUGUUCAAAAGCUUUUAUAUAUCCAUUUGAUUUAGUAAAAAAACGAUUACAAAUACAAGGUUUUCAUCAUGCCCGUGAACAUUUCGGUCAGACUUUUCAUUGUAAAGGUUUGACUGAUUGUUUUCUAAAAAUCUACCAUGUAGAAGGUUUUCCUGGGUAUUUUAAAGGGUUGUCACCAAGUUUGAUCAAGGCUGUAUGCGCUACAGCACUACAUUUUAGUAGUUAUGAAAUGGUUUGCAAACUGUUAGUAAUUUCGAGAGACACUCAUUGAUUUCUGUUGGUAGAAAAUACUUAUUUAAGAAUAAUUUAUUUAAAUCAGUUUAGAGUUCAUAGAAACCAAAAAACACAAGGCUGUGAGUUUUGCUGGAUACACCAACAUAAAUACAAUGCCCUGCCAUAUAUAUUUAAUUCAAAAAUUCAAUUAACAUUAAUUUGUUUUUAUCUUUAAGAUUUUAAUUCCUAGCCUGUUUAAAUAUUUUUAUAUUCAAUAUUUUGACAGAAUUUGCACAGGUAGUAGCUUAUGUUAACGUUAAAAGCUAAAAAUAUUCCAUAAGAAGUUUUUAUCUUUAUUUUUUGUCUGGUGAAACAAUUACACGCUUCACUGUUUAUUUUUUUCUUUAAAUUGUGAGAUUAGUUAUUUAUUUCUAAACUAUUAUAAGAUUGAUAUGGUUAGUUGUGAUUGUAUGUAUAUUAUUUGCAUUUUGCGCUUGAUAAGAGGAUAUUGUUAUUUAUUUAUGUUACUUAUAUUAUAUAAGACACUCUUCUAGUCAUUUUUGUUCCUACGUGUUAAGUCAAAUCGUUAAAAUAAAUAUCGUAGGUUACUAUGCAA